UUCAGAGGAGAAAUCAAAACAAGAUUACACGAAGCUUCAACAACAAAGGCUAAAAUGAAGUAUUCAACCAGGAAAAUCCCCCCAGCAAAGAUGAACAGUUCAGCAGACAAGGCUUUGGUAAAAUCUCCUAAGCUGAGAAAAUCCCAACAGAAGCCUGAAGGAGUUUGCCAGAUGUACUUUAUGCAACUGCGUUCUGGCCUUAUCAUAGAAAAGACAUCCUGUUACUUUAGGAAAGAAAUCACCAAAAGGUAUUCACCAAGAACAGCUGAAAAGUGCAGAAAGCAAUGUCUGGUAUUCACUGCCUGUCAUCAGCAGCUGAACAAAGAUUUCACCUCUGAUGUCCCUAUGUUACAGAAAUGUUUUGGAAGAGCUAAUGUUCCAAGUAUCCAAGAAUAUUCUGCUUCUCUGAGCACAUACAAUGAUCAAUCUAUUACUUUCGUUUUUGAGGAUGGAAGUUAUGAGAUCUAUGUAGAAGACUUGAGAAAAGGCCAAGAGAAAGAUAAGGUGUUAUUCCGUUAUUAUGAUUCCCAAUCCCCCUCACAUGAAACAGGUGAUGAUGUUGAUGGCCAGACGUUAUUGGUAAACCUGAGUCCUACAAAAGAUAAAGAUUUUUUGCUGCAUGCCAACAACGAGGAACAUUCUGUGGAGCUACAAAAAUGUGAAAACCAAUUGCCAGACCAGGCCUUCUUCCUCCUUCAUAGGAAGUCUUCUGAAUGUGUUUCAUUCGAAUGUAAGAACAAUCCUGGAGUGUUUAUAGGAGUAAAGGAUAACCACCUUGCUUUAAUUAAAGUAGGAGACCAAACUAAGGAUUCAUAUAUAGAGAAAACCAUAUUUAAGCUCUCUUAAAUUUAAUGGGAUGAAAAAAGUUGUCAAUCCUGGGUUGGGUAGCCCAGAUAGCUACUGCUGAAGAAAGAAUAAGAGAUAAAGAGAUAGACAACAUUUAAGGGAAAUAAAGAGUACUUAGUAUGCUAUGGAAUGUUUUUCUUAUUAUGUGUAAAAUAUAUUUUUAUAAUCCUUCAGUUCUGUUUUUUAUUACCCUUGUCUCACUACAUAUUCAAUAGUGUAUUAUUAAGGAGACCUCAGAAAAUAUACAACCUGACUUUUACUUUUUUCUACUUGCUGUCAAGAAAGAGCUUAAUAUCUAAUUAAGCUCUGCUGAGACCUCUGGGGACAAGGAAGGGCCUUAAUCCAAGUUUCAUUUUAGACAAGGAUUUCAAAAAGCCACAUAGAGACAUAAUUUUCCCUGGUUCCAAACAAGUUCAAACAGUAGAGCUGUUGGUGAAAAGACAAUCAGCUCUACUUAGACUGAACAUUUCACAAAUGGAAUAAAACACCAAAUUUGUUUGAAGAUGCCCAAAAUUUCAGAUACUUACACAUGUAGGCAGAUAAUAUAAAUAUGUGAAAUGACAGAGACAAUUGAAAAAAUUAAGAAAAAUAAAUCCUGUAUUUGUAAAGUAAAUAAUUUUACCUCUAAUUGUUUCAUUUUUAAAAUGCUGAUUUUUAUAGAUGGAGUUAAAUUUAGCAAGACAUUCUUACAUUAGGAAGUAAAAUAAAUUUUAUCUCAGACAUAUAAUUGAAAUCAUUGGGAAUAUCUCACAAACUAAAACAUUAUUUUAAAGCACUGAGACACAACAUACCUUAAGACAUCCAAGUACCAUGGGAUCCAAGUACCAUGGUGAGGCCACAAGUUCCCUUAUCUACUAGAACCUAGAUUGGACACAGCAUUAACAUUACAAUUUUAAUAACUGGCUAUCCCUUAUGUUCAUUGUAUACUGUCUUUCUGACUCUAUGCUCCAGGGAUCUGUAACUUGAUAUACAUGUCACCCUGCACAAAAUUUCUUAUAAUCCUUUCUUACCAUGUGUACAAGUGUUUUUCUUGUCCACCUUCCUGAUUAGUCUGUUUACUAUGGAAUAUUUAUUGACUUUUCUUCCUUCAUUUCUUUUGACCAACUCUGUUCUUGAUAUACAUUUUGUGCCCCGUGAGCUUCAUUCCAUAUCACCUGACCUCUGGACACCAACAUAUUUUUCUAUUUUGUCUCUCUGAUGUAGAAUUUCACAUAAGCCUAUUGAUGGGAAUAUUUUUUAUUAAACAUCUUUGUAUUUUACAUUACUAAGGUAGUAAAAUUUAUUCUCAACCAUAUAUGAUUUUUCAACUACUAAAGGAAUAAUUUUUGCUUAUUUUAAGUCUUAAAUUCUACUAUAACUUUUUCAUAGGCUUAACAUUGACAAUAAGUGAUAAACUAGUAACAGAAUACUUAUGAAAUACAACUGUUUCUGAAAGUGUUGGCUUUUUAAUUCUAAUUUGUUGAGAUCUAUUGGAUAUAAUGAUGGUGGAACAUAAGAUUAGAAAGGCUGAGAAUUACUGAGUGAGGGUAAACAAUUGUAAACAACAUAGCUUUCAUUACAUUGUCAGUUUUAUUAUGAAGACAAAAAUAAAAGCAGAAUAUAUAUCACCUUCUCUGAAAAACACUAAAUGUUGACCAUAUGCAUCUGUAUGAUAUACUCGAAAUGAUUUGUUUUAAGUAACUAAAUAUAUUAAUUACAUUAAAUUCUCAAGUUGUAUUUUUUAAAAGUAUGUGAGGCCAUGAUGAUUUUAUCAUAAAAUAACUAUUCUGAAAUUUUUAAGUCAAAGCAAUCUUACCUUAAUCCACUGAUGUUGGUAUCUGGGGUAGGUCAUUUGUCUGGUGAUUAAAAACUAAAUAAGAUAUUCCAAAG